AAAUAAAUAUGGCGUGAAAUAAUUAAUAUUUUUGUGGCAGACAUUUUGAUGUUAAAAGCGUCAAAAAUUUUAUGAGAGAAAUGAACAGAAAAAAAAUUUUUUUGUGUCAAUUUUAUUUAAGUUACAUAAGAAAACUGACGGAUUUGAUUUUUUUAAUAAGAAAAAUUGCAUGUGGUAGCAAAUAGUUGAUUGAUAUUAGGAAUAAAAUGGCAGCUAUAAAAAUAUUCUUAAGUGAACAUUUCGAUUUGAAAUUUGUUAACUAAACAGUGAACAACAUAACUGAUUAAACUUAUUUCUGAAUUAGCAAAUAAAUAAUUUCAUGAUCAACCAAGCGCAAAAACAAGUACAAAAUAUGGCUGAUUAUAAAAAAGUUGCAACACUAUUGAUAAAUCAAAUUAUAAUUACAUAUUUGAAAUGAUAUCCUUAUAGCUAUAUCAAUAUGAAUUUUUUAAAAUCAUAGUUUAAUAAAAUAUGUAAUUUAAAAUAUUUUCAAAAUAAAUGCUUUGUGGUUUAAAUCUAUGUAGUGUUCAUAUUGUUUUUUAAAUAAAAUAAAAUUAAUAAAAUUAAAAAAAAGUGAUACAAAGCACAAAUAAGAGAAAAUCAAAUUGGAAUUCAUGUUAUUUUCAAAAAAUAAAAAUUACUGAACAUGGAAGAUAAACGAUUUGCAAAUUUAAAACAGGAUCUACCAUUUUUAGAAAUGUUAGUUUCUAACAUAAAGAAUUCACUUGUAGGCAAAAUUAUAGAUGUGAUCAAAAAUAACGAAGUGCAUUCAACGGUUACCGAUGAAAGACUUACAAAAAUGAAGAACAUAGUAGAACAAUUGAAGAAAAAACAUAAAAUUUCGGAGACACAAAACAAAGUUGGCAUGGACACCUCAGAAAAAUUAAAAAUCAAGAAAAAUGAAGGAAAAAUAUUGGAUUAUAUAGAUUUGGAAAGUAGUGAUGAUGACGAGAAAGUGAACCAAAACAAAAGCAAUAAUGUUCAAAAAAAUGAAGAUUCUAGUGACGAAGAAAUAGAAUUUUAUGAGGUACAAAAUUCUACUUCUAAAACAAAUCCUCCAAAUCCGGUUAAAACUUCAGAAAAUGUUAUAAAAGUUGAAAAGGAUAAAGAUCUUGAUAGCGAUUUAGAAAUUAUAUCUGACUCUGAAGAUUCUUUUCAAAUUAAAUCGGUUAAAUCUAAUAAAACUGAUAUAGAAAUAGAGUUUUCCAAUCAUAAUCCAACUGAUGAAACAAAAAAAAAAUUAGAUAGCAUAAAAAAAGAAGAAAAAUCUCUUUUUACAAGAAGAAAUGAUCGGAAUAUAUCAGAAAAAUUGACUGAUAAAAGCGAUUCAAAUGAAUCCCGUGAAUUAUUGAAUGAAAAAAAAGAAAAUAUUCCAAUAUCUAAAAAUAUUAAAGACACUAAUAUAAUAGAACUAGAAGAUAGUGAUGAUGAAUCAGAUCAUUCCCAUACAGAAUCUCUUCUUUCAAUGAACUCCACGGAAAUGAAUGAAAUUGUAGAGAAUCUUAAAUCAGAGCAAAUUGAAAAAAUUGCAACAAAUGGGAGAAACAAAAGUAUUGUCGAAAUCAAAGAUUUAUCUUCAAAACAAGUAAAUAAAUUAGGUAGACAGGAUGUAAUGAAAAGUCCCUAUUCGAAUAUUAACAAAAAAGCAAAAUGCUCUAAUAAGGAAAUUUCCUCUUCAAAAGAUAAAAUAUUGGAUAAAAACAUGGUGAAUGAACCGCUUUCUAAUAACAACGAGGUCUUGAGCAACGAAAAUGAUAUUAUAAUGCAAUUAGUGCAAUUCACAAAUAAUCUUGAGAAGGGUUUCUCAUCACUAAUAGAACCAAAUACAAUUGCUGUUAAACCAAAAAAUAGGGAUCCGCGAUUAAACAAACAUUUAAAUAACACUAUUGAAACAGUAACAAAUACUGUACCAGCAAAUGUUAAUUCUCAAAUUAUGUUGUCUAAGAGCAAUGUUAAGGUUGUAUCACCAAUAUGUCCAGUUCUUGCAGUUCCAUCAUCAUCAAUUUCAUCUCAGCAACAGUUAUCAGUAUCGGCACCAAUAAUAUCACUUCAACAAUCCUUACCAGUACAGGCAUCAAUAAUUCCAAUUCAACAACCAAUGCCUGUACCCCCACCAUUAAUUCAACUUCAACAACCUCCAUCAAAUAUUGAAAAGUUACCCAUGGUCGUUAUACCACCUUUUCGUAAAACUAAUCACCCACAAAAUCCUAUCACUGUUCCACCGCCUCCAUCAUAUCAUAAAGAAGACAUUAUAAGUGCCUUGGAAAAGUCUGAAAUGCUACCAAAUCAAAAUAAUGGAAAAGCCAAUAAUCUUCAAAAUAAUAAUUCGAAACCUAUUUUCACAACAUCUAAACAAACUUAUGGUGAAUACUUGAGACAGCGUGAUGAAGCGAAAUUAAGAGCUGAAAAGGAAGCUUAUGAAAGAGGUCUUAGACAGGCAGAACAAUUAGGUUUAUAUAAUUCAGCAGAUAAUAUAAGAAACAAGCAAAAGCAAGAAUCAAAUCCUCCUGACAAGGAAAUAAAUAGCGCAGUUCCCACAACGUCAACAAACUCAAAAGUUGUGGAUAUUGAUAAAGGUCGAAAAUCAGAAAAUAAUGAAAAAACAAUUGUAAAUAUUUCUACAAAACCUGAUACAAAAGCUUCGGACGUAAAUUCUGAAAAUAAUAAUGAAGAAAAGAACAAUAAAACAAAAUUUGUUAAAAAAAAAGGUAGAAUAACAGUGUUGUCUGAUUCAUCUUCAGAAAAUGAAGACGAAUUCGUAAAAGAACCAGUUCUUAAGAAUAAAUCAAACGAAAACAAAGGACAAAAUGAAUUAAACCCAAAUAAUACAAUAGCUUUAUUGAAAAUAUUCACAGAUUACUUGGUCGAAAAGCAGAUACUAGACGAAAGUAAAAUUGAGUCUCUUUUAAAAGAUGAGCAUUUAAAAAAAAUAAGUACACAAAAUGAAAAAUCUGUUAUUACAGAAACAAAGAAAACGCAGAAAUGCGAUAUAAUUGAUCAAAUAGAGACAAAAGAACACAUACCAGAAAAAGUUAAGCGAAGUAGAAGGGUUAGUAAAAAAUCCACUACAAAAUCACAUGCAAACGUUUCUGAUGUUGCAAAUGAUAAAAUGUCUAGAGAAUUAGAGAAGUUGCAUGAACAAAUUGAUGGAUUUUAUGACCGAGAUGAAAUAUUAGCUGCAGCAGGAAAACAUCGUGCUUCAUCAAAGUUAGCUUUACAAAAGAUGAAGAAUAAGACGGCAGAACAAUCUCCAAAUGACGAUGAGUCAUCAACAGAUGGUGAAACACAUACAAAUAUAAUAACUCUUAAUAAAUCUACAACUGAAGAUCAAAUUUGUACAAUAUCAAAAGCGAAAUCUAUACUGCCAUUGCGAAAAUCAUGUUAUGUCCAAAUAUCAAAUAACAUUAGUGAUCCCAAAUUUAUAAAAAAAAAUAAUUAUAAUAAAAAUGAUAAAGCUAUUGAAAUUCAAUCAUCUCUAAGUGCACUGACUUCUGCACAUUAUGAGUUACAAAAUAUUAUAACAAAUGAAAAAUCAAAUAUAAUCGCAAAAGAUGAUGAUUAUGAUACGGACGAUUUUUCAUCACACUUAAAGGAAAAAAAAAUUAAAAAAAAGUUGAAUAAAAAACUAAUUUCAAAUUCAGUUGUUCCCAAAAGAGAAUUAAAAAUUAUUUUGAAAAGACUCACACCAGAGGAAAUUUCUCUCGCAUCAAGUACAGAUAAAGUACCAGUUCUUAAACCACUGUCAGUAGUACCAGCAUUAUCUCACUCCCAAACUGAUAGAUCAAGGAAAAAAAAUAAUUUCCAGCUAAAAGAAGAUAUGUUAAAUACUAAUACAAGUCAUCAUUGCAAAAAUAAAGAAUUUAUGAAAAAAUGUAUUCUAUGUAAUAAAAGUCCUAGAGAUAUUGUCUCACAUUAUGUAAAUCUUCAUUCAAAUGAGUCAAAUAGUGAAGUGUACUGUGCACGAUUACCUAAUAUUAUUGUUGAAAAAUUCAAAUACGAACAUAUUAUUGGAAAGCUGUUGGAAAAAAAUCCAUUUAAAUACGAAGUUGAUUGCAUAUUUUGUGGUGAUAAAAUUUUUGGUUUUCAUACUGAGCUUUACGAACACUAUGCACAACAUACAGGUGAAUUUGCUUGGCAAUGUAAUUCUUGUAAUAAGAAAUUUCCGUCUAAAAAAGAUGUCUUAAAACACUGUAAAACUUCAUGCGUAAAUGAUAGUAAACCACUGAGAAUUUAUGUUUAUAACAAGGAGAGCAAAAUUAUUGCAACUUUUUGCGCUGCAUGUAAUUUCAUACAAUUAAAUAAGGCAAACAUUAUACGGCACUUACAAAAUCAUCACUUUAUUUCAAAAGAACCAGAAAAACUUUGCGAAAUGUUAGUGUUGGUCGAAUUUUCUAAAUCUUCAUCAACGACACGCCAAUUAUGUACUUCAUAUUCUUCCAUUGAUGUGAAUUUAGAAGAUUUUUGCGACAAUAAUUCUAAUGUAUAUGACGAAAAUGAAAUAAAUAUGAUUGAUAUUGAAGAAAAGGUGAAAGAAAAUAUUAGUUCGAAUGCAGAACAAAAUUUUUCGACCGCAACCAAUGAUAAUGAUAUCGACAUAAAGCCUAUGGUUAUGGAAGAAUUAAAUGAAAUAUUUUGUGAAACUUCUACAUUACAAAAUGGACAAAAUGAAACAGAAGAAGAUAACAUUGAAAACGAUGUUGUUGACAUAAGAGAUGAUGAUGAUGACAUAAUUUACAUUGAUUCAGGAGAUGAUGAAAGUGAUGCAACUUUAUCAAUUAAUUCAGAUUCAAAUUUUAUUAGCGUUAGUGAUAUUCAACAUGAAUCGACACCAUAUGUUCAUUCGAAGGGAAACUGUCCGUUAAAGCCUUGGCUUAAUGAUUGUUGUAGUUUAGAUAAAUCGAAAUCUAAAACCAUUUUAGCUAAUAUGGAUUUAUCAAAUUUCUUUAAAUGUAUAAAAUGUAAAUUUUCAACAAAUGCAGAUGAUCAAAUGCUGAAUCAUUUAAAAAAACAUAGAUUGGAUAAUUUAGUUGGAUGCUUAUCACAAAACAGUAUUGAAGGCGAUCAAUUUGAAUCACGAAACAAUGAAGAAAACUUUGAAUGUUGUUAUUGUGGUGUAAAGUCAAAAGAUCCGUCUGACUUAAUUUUUCAUAUAAAAUCUGAACAUGAGGGUUCAAAUGUACAGUGUUCAAAAUGUUUUUAUAGAAGUUGUUCCAUUUUUAGCGUCAAAUUGCAUAUAAAAAUGUUUCAUCAAAAUGAUGGUAAAAUAAUAAUAUGUGAAGGAACUGAAAUUCCUGUUUUAAAGCAGUUUGAAAUUAUGCUCGAAAAACGUCAACAACAUUUAAAGCCUUUUGAAUGUCAUCUAUGCAAAAAAGGUGAAAAUACAAAAUUCUAUCUAAAGAAUGAUUAUGAGAAACAUUUUAAAACUAUGCAUAGAUAUAUGACUAUUCCCUCAUUAAAUAACCGUGGUAUGUUGUGUUGUCUAUAUUGUACGUUUGAGACGAAUUUAAAACAGGAAAUAGGAAAUCAUAUGGCGAAUUACCAUCCUAACAGAGAACAAUAUGUAGCAUUUAGAUUUAGAAAUCCAAAAUUUAACAAAAAGAAAUCUUCUUCCACUCCGGACUCAACAUUUUUAGUAGAUUUAUCAGAAUCGGUUCUUAAAAGUAAUUUUAUCGACCCUGUACUUGCUAAUAAGAAAAGAACCAGUAUUUCUGCAAGCAAAAGUACGUUGAGGAGCCUUGCAGAUAAAAAAAAUGAAACAAUAAGGUCUAUUAAAAAUCUUUCAAAUGAUUUAGCAGUAUGUUGUGAUUCACAAGAAAAUGAGCAGUGUACUGAAUUUGCUAAUACCCUAGAAUCUUGUCAAAAUGAGCUCUAUGAAAUGGCUAAGCUUGCUGUAUUUCAUACUGGCUUUAUUGAAAGUAAUUUAUAUGUUUGUCCAAUGCAAUAUUGUAAACUUCAUUUCAACGAUUACGAAAAUUGGUUUAAUCACGUAAAAAGCAAGCAUCCGGCUAUAUUGAAUUUGAAAUUUAGAUGUCCACAUUGUCCCAAUUUAUACGCAACAAAUGAAUUCAAAGAGCAUUUUGAUGAGAACCAUCUUAAACAUAAAUAUUUUUGUUAUAUUUGUGGAACUUCUGCCAUCUCGAAAGAUAAAGUAGAAAAUCAUUUCCAGGAAAAGCAUCAAGUAUCAGAUACAAUAUGCAAAUUAUUAUUGCCAAACAACAAGUAUACUGAAGAAUUUUUCGUAGUUCUGCCAACUGAGGCAAACUGUGAUAAUAAAACAUUAAUACUUCAUAUGAAAAAUAUAUUGAUUAAGGUGCCUCAUAAAAAUUUAAGUACGAAAGAAAAAUCAGUGAUAUUACCGAAAUUUGUUGCAUUGGAAAGUGAGCGUUAUAAAUGUCCAGAAAAAAAUUGUUCAUGGACAACUCAAUCAGAAAAGAAUUUAGAAGAGCAUUUUAAAUACAUUCAUAAAACUAGCAAAUCAUUUAAAUGUUUACACUGUUCUUUUCAUAUUGAUGAAGGAAACCGAGAUUUUGAUCGUGUAAAAGAUCAUUUACGUAUACAUGGAGAAAUUUUAUAUGUUUGCACCAAAUGCCGCUUUUUUGAUCAUCAACGCCAAAUUGUACAAAAGCAUAUUAGAACAAUUCAUAAACUACAUCUGAACAUGACCAAAAUUGUACGUUCUUUUCGAAAUGACGUAGAGAAAUGUGUUUAUCAAACAUGUUUAGAAGAAGGACAUAUAUUUUUAUCACUUUCAUUUUGUCCAAUAUGUGAAGAAGAUUUAAAAGAUCCUGAUAAAAUUGUAGAUCACCUUAAAAGCCAACACUCUGUUGAUGUAAUCUUUGAAUGCCAAUAUUGCAAAGGACCAUUUACAAAGUUGGAUUAUGUAAUUGGUCACAUUAAUAAAGAUCAUGACAAAGUUUUAAAUAUACGGUGCAAUUUUGAGUACAUAAAAAAGUCCACCUUCGACCAAACAAAUAUUCAAAACCAAACUGAGGUAAAAUCUGUUAAAGAGAACAUUUCAUUUUCCACAAAUAAUAAGCGAACAAGAACAGAAGAUAAUGCAAAAGCUGAUUAUCUGCAAAUUAAAAAAACAAAAAUUGAAGAUUCAACAACCGAAUCGGAAAGAAAAUCAUUUCACGUAUAUGUUUGCGAAGAAUGUACCUUUGAAUCAUUUACACGAUCAGAUUUGAUAACACACAAAACGCAGGUACACUCAAAUAAUUUAGAUUCAUCGAUUGCUUCGUCAUCAACAUAUGAAGGUAGCAAUAACAAGAAUCAAAUAAAUUGCCAACAUUGUAAAUUUAAAUGUAAUACACAAGAAGCUUUGAAUGAACAUCAGUUAAUAGAGAAUCAUGUAAAUGAUAAAGUAACAUACCGCUGUAACAACUGCUCUAACAAUUUUGAGAAUUUAAUGGAUUUAAAACUACAUAAUUUAAUGGAACAUAAUGAAUUAUUAGCUAAAAAACCACAAAAAGUUAUUGAAACCGAUUUAUUACAAAGAGAAAAAAUAUAUCACUGUGAGUUUUGUAAGUUUUUUACAAAUUCGGUACUCAUAAUGAGGGAACAUAAAUACAAGCACAAAACCAUAUUUUAUAAAAAUGAAAAUAGAAAUACUAAUAACAACAAUUAUAAUAACAAUAAUAACAGUAAUACAAAUAUUAAUAAUGAUAAUAGUAAUAACAGUAAUAGUAAUAAUAAUAAUAAUAAUAAUAACAAUAAUAAAAAUAAUAACAAUAAUGAAAUUCAUGUCAAUUCGAUAUCAAAUAUUGCACCAAGUAGUUCUAUUUCUAGUCAUCCUUUAAUAAGAGUAAGGCCUAUUGAAACCUUGAUCGAUCCAAAAGUAGCUACUGUCAGGUUACAUACGAACGCUUCAAAUGAAGGCGAAAACUAUAAAGUACUGCGAAAUAUUUUAGAAACAAAUCUUGAUCAAUCAAAUGUUCAAAGAAUACCAACAAUAAUUACCCAAAAAACUGGCUUAUCACAUAAAACAACAACACCACCAGUUUCAACUGUAUUUCAUCAAAAUUUAUAAAUUAUAGAACAAAAUUUAAGAAAAAUUAUUUAAAAUGCGGAAAACUUAAAAUUUAAUAUAAUAAAAUUUGGAGC